CUUUUAAUUCUCUCAUCACUUAUCAUCAAGAAAAUCAAUCGCUUUGCUUUCCAUUUACUAAUCAAACUUGACAAAUCAUCUGGUACUAAGAAAUUUUUUAAAAAAUACAUGGAAUUCUUCAAAUUUUCUCAAGGUGCUAGCCUGUUAGGCAUGGUCACCAUUUUGUUUAUGUUAUGUAAAGUUGUAUAUUCUUGGUGGAUUAUGCCUAAACUCAUAUAUCGGAAACUAAAGGCAAAUGGUUUUGACGGACCAACACCAAAUUUUCCUUUUGGAAAUAUUAACGACAUGAAGAAGGAGCUGAUGAUGAAGAGAGUUUCUUCUUCUUCUUCCUCUUCUGUUAAUGCCAUUAGCCAUGAUAUUCAUGCAUUGGCAUUUCCUUACUUUGCUACGUGGCAGAAAUUGCAUGGAAAAGUAUUCAUAUACUGGCUGGGAACAGAACCAUUUGUCUACAUUGCAGACCCUGAAUUCAUCAAGAAGAUGUCAGCGGGAGUAAUGGGGAAAAGUUGGGGAAAACCAACAGUGUUUAAGAUGGAUAGAAAGGCAAUGUUUGGGAAAGGACUUGUCAUGGUGGAAGGUGAUGAAUGGGUGAGACAUAGGCAUGUUAUUACUCCUGCUUUUACCCCAGCCAACUUGAAGGGCAUGGCAACUGUAAUGGCGGAUUCCGCCACACAUAUGCUAGACCGUUGGGCUGCACUCAUCAAUUCCGGGAACCCGGAAAUUGAUGUAGAGUCCGAAAUCAUAAGUACCGCAGGUGAAAUCAUCGCAAAGACAAGCUUCGGUAUCAGCUACGUAGAUGGCGAAAAAGUGUUCGAAAAAUUAAGAAAUGUGCAAAUCACACUGUUCAAGUCUACACGUUAUGUUGGGGUACCCUAUGGAAAUCAGAUCAUGUGCCCUAAAGAAACCCUCAAAGCCCAUAAUCUAGGAAAGGAAAUCGAUUCGCUACUAAUGUCCAUUAUUGACGAGCGAAAAAAGAUGAACAAAGAUAUUGAUCGUGCAGGGCACGAUCUUCUGAGCCUUUUGCUGGCUGGGAAUGGGAGGACAUUGAGUACAAGGGAAAUGGUGGAUGAGUGUAAAACGUUUUUCUUCGCAGGCCAUGAGACAACUGCAUUGGCACUCACGUGGACCUUGUUGCUGCUGGCACAACAUCCAGAGUGGCAAACUCAACUCAGAGAGGAAAUCAAACAAGUGAUGGGUGAUGGUGAAAUAGAUGCCACUAAGCUUGUUGGUCUAAGGAAGAUGGGAUGGGUGAUGAAUGAAGUUCUAAGACUGUACUCACCAGCACCGAAUGUGCAAAGGCAAGCUAGAGAAGACAUUCAAGUGGACGACCUAGUCAUUCCUAAUGGAACAAAUAUGUGGAUUGAUGUGGUGUCCAUGCAUCACGACAAGGAACUUUGGGGUGAAAAGGUGAAUGAAUUCAAGCCAGAUAGGUUUAAGGAUGACAUCCACGGUGGAUGCAAACACAAAAUGGGAUAUUUGCCCUUUGGUUUUGGAGGGAGGAUGUGUAUUGGUAGGAAUUUGACUAUGAUGGAAUACAAAGUUGUCUUGUCCUUAAUCUUGACAAGGUUCUCCUUUUCCAUCUCACCUAACUAUAUACAUUGUCCCUCUAUCAUGCUUUCUCUUAGGCCCACACUAGGAUUGCCUCUUAUGUUCCAAUCACUUUAAUUUAGCAUUUUAGAAUAAUCUUCCUUCUCAAUGUUGCAAGGAAAACCAGUACCUAGUUACACUGAAGUCUGAAAAGGAUCCAAAUAUGUCGGAAUUUUAAUUUUGUUCUAUGUUUUUUCCUCUUUUUUCCUUUUUCUUUA